AAGCUCGGUCCAUAACCAUGAAAAUCCUCCUCUUUCCCCAUUCUUCUAGGGUUCUACACUGUAACACACAGCUUCCCAACUGGGUUUUGAGCACAUCCUCUUCAUAAAGGGAGCGCUUAGCAUAGCGAGGAAGAAAUGAGUGCUUUCAAUAAGUUCAAAGCUAGUGUUCCCAUUGCGUGGAGCCCUAACCUUUAUAUAACCCUUGUGAGGGGAAUUCCGGGCACUAGGAGGCUUCAUAGGCGCACCUUGGAGGCACUACGCCUGCGCAAAUGUAACCGCACUGUCAUGAGAUGGAACACACCCACUGUCAGGGGAAUGCUUCAGCAGGUGAAAAGAUUGGUUGUGGUUGAGACAGAAGAAAUGUUUAAGGCACGAAAACAGAACGAGGCCAACCACCAAGCUCUACGGCCCCCUAUUGUCAUUAGUCAUCUCCCAGCUUCUGCGACUGACUCCUCUAAGUAGACUUAGAAUUACUACAAUGCUAGGUUUUCCACCUUUUUUUGGUAGGGAUAUGUUCCUGUUUCAAAAAAUUAAUGUGGUAGAAAUGGUGAAGUAUGUAAUUUCAGUGUAUCGAACUUGUUUGUUUUCAUAUGCAAGUGCUUUACUAAUAAUAAGUUAUACUCCUUUUGUUUAUA